UAUUCACAAUUUCUUACUCGGACUGCGUAACUUGCAAAUCUCUAGUGAAUGAUCGAUGUCACCAUGGCUAACCGAGGUACAGCCCAAAGACCAAAUGGUACCCAGGGCAAAAUAUGUCAGUUUAAGUUGGUCUUACUUGGUGAAUCCGCUGUUGGAAAAUCAAGUCUUGUGCUUAGGUUUGUUAAGGGUCAAUUCCAUGAGUACCAAGAAAGUACGAUUGGAGCUGCAUUUUUAACGCAAACUGUAUGUCUGGACGAAACGACUGUAAAAUUCGAAAUUUGGGACACUGCAGGGCAGGAACGUUACCAUAGUCUUGCGCCCAUGUACUAUCGUGGAGCACAGGCAGCUAUUGUGGUGUAUGAUAUAACAAAUCAGGACACAUUUAUGCGUGCAACAACGUGGGUAAAAGAACUACAACGGCAAGCGAGUCCGAGUAUAGUAAUAGCAUUAGCAGGAAAUAAGGCAGACCUUGGAAAUAAGCGAGUAGUAGAAUUUGAAGAAGCCCAGGCCUAUGCAGAAGAGAAUGGCCUUCUUUUCAUGGAAACAUCAGCCAAGACAGCGAUGAAUGUCAAUGAUAUAUUCCUAGCUAUUGCUAAAAAACUUCCAAAGAACGAACAAGCAGGAAACGCGAGUACAAGCGGACAAGGGCGCCGACUAGUCGAAUCAGAAGGACAAAAACCAGCCACUGGCAACUGCUGCAAGUGAUUAACCAAAUCCAUUUGUACCAUAAUCAAGAUAAGAAAAUACAUCAUAAAUGUGUCGACAAAAAUUUUAAAUGGAUUAUACGCCGGAAAAAAACUGCAAAAAGUGGUAGGAGGUGAAAUGUGCGGCAUGAACAAUUAUUACACGUGUGAUUGAGAAUCACGUAAGCGUGUAUCCUCAAUACAAUUUGACGAUGUCACCUUUAUUUAAAAGGAAAAAGUUUAAGUCUGCUGUAAUUGCGCGCAGGCGGAACUCUCGUUUGUAAUUUUAGUAGCAAAAAAGCAUCUUGGGAGAAGGGUGUUCGUUAUAAAUAUAUAAAUACACGAUACGAUAAAUCAUAUAAGUGAUAUGAUUUGUGUAAAAGUAAUAAUAAUAAUAAUGAUAAUAAUUAAUUAAUAAAUAAAUAAAGCAGAUAUAAC